UGUUCUUCAGAGAUAGCAGUGAGCAGUUAGUUGCAUGAGCUCUAGAGCGGAAGUCUAAUAUUACUGGGCUACUGUGGAAGUAAAAAAGUGUGUCCUGAUUUUCUUCCGUUUCUAUUUUUUCAAUAGGCACUUUUACUGUGAUUCUCAGCGUGAUUUAUAGAAAAGAAAAAGUUUGACCUGUAUUUCUAACCCUGAUUGGUGUGUAGUCCCAUUUCUUUUAUAACCCGCCAAUUAUUCCAACUCUACUUUCAAGACGAAAAUCCAUGUCAGACGUACUGAGAAUGGCGUAACAUCACAUAUCUACUCUACAGUUUCUCCUUAGUGGAAUUAAAUGUGCAACACUCUCAUCUGGAUGAUGAUAAGAUGAUAUGAAACUGAUAAACAAGUAAACCCUGUGUGACUGUGUGUGAAUGUGUGAGUGUGUGGGUUGAUUAGGGCACAGGAUUAGGAUUCACCCCUGAUUUUUUGGCUCUGCCAAACAGAAACCAUGGCUACGACAACGAAAAGAGCGUGGAAACUUCAAGAGUUUUCUGCCCAUGGAGCCAAUGUGAAUUGCUUGGCCUUAGGAAGCAAGUCAGGACGAGUCUUGGUCACCGGGGGAGAUGACAAAAAAGUCAAUUUAUGGGCAAUUGGCAAACCAUCAUGCAUCAUGAGUCUGAGUGGCCAUACAACGGCUAUUGAAGCGGUGAGAUUCUCUCCAACGGAAGAAUUGGUGUGCGCGGGAAGCGCUGCUGGAGCUGUCAAGGUGUGGGAUCUGGAGGCGGCGCGGAUGGUGCGCACGCUGACUGGGCAUCGGGCUGGCAUCAAAGCCCUCGAUUUCCAUCCCUACGGCGACUUUCUCGCCACUGGCUCAACAGACACCAACAUGAAACUGUGGGAUAUUCGACGCAAAGGUUGCAUUUUCACGUAUAAAGGACAUAGUUCGACCGUCAAUAGUCUGAGAUUCAGUCCCGACGGUCAGUGGGUGGCCUCGGCCGGUGAUGAUGGCUACGUCAAGAUAUGGGACCUGAGAGCUGGCCGACUUUUGUCUGAGUUGCGUGAACACACAGCCGCAGUCACUGAGGUCGUGUUCCACCCGCACGAGUUCUUAUUGGCAUCGGGGGCCGCUGACCGACGCGUCCUCUUUUGGGAUUUGGAGAACUUUACGUUAGUCUCUAAUUCCGAUCCAGAAACAAGUGGCAUCAGAUCGAUUUAUUUCCAUCCGGAGGGUAAAUGUUUAUUCAGUGCAGCUCAAGAUGGACUGAGAGUGUAUGGAUGGGAACCUUGCCGUAUCCUGGAUUGUAUUCCACUACCAUGGGGUCGUAUCCAAGACAUGGCCGUCACCUCUGGCCAAUUGAUUGGUGUCUCGUAUAACUUGAGCAACGUGUCGAUCUACGUAAUCGACCUGAAGAAAGUGGCACCCUUCGGUGAUUCUUUACAGACUUCUUCUGGCCUCGGCGGAGGAGGAGUUGGCAUCGGAGGAGGAGGAGGCGGAGGAACGGCAUUCCAGCACGGCGUAUCUUUUCGCAAGAGUUUCAACAAGGAGCGACCGCCGGGUGGUUUGCGCCAAAGUCAGAUCAAGAUGAAUCACGACACAAUAGAGUCGGAUGAAAAGUCGAGCACUGAGACGGAAGACGACGGCAUCGCUGCAGACAUUAAGGACUUGAACCACUACCACAACAUCUUUCAACCUCGUGGUAGAGAGUUGUCUCGCACCCCCCCUCCGCUCGAGAUCAAUUCGGACAAAGAGUCAAGCACGGUACUAAUCGGCGACAAAGUGAAACUGGAUCCAGCCAUUCCGCAGGUUAUCCGUCCUCCGCCACCUGAUCUGGUUCAGCAGCAUUCACCUCUCCCUACACCGGCAUCGGGUAAUAGUCCGGUUCAUCGGCCGUCACCUUCACCUUCGCCACCUUUCGUUAAAACGUCACAGAGUGGACCCGGAAGACCGGCUGCGGGUCUCACAACUAUGAGAGAAAGACGAAACAGUACAUCAUCGGUAACUUUGUCGUCUAACAAGACCAUCGCAUCUAUCACGAGCGUAGAAAGAGAGUCCUAUAACCUGCAUACACCGACCAAUUUAAUUGCCAUGACGUCUCCACGUCCGGACGUGACCCACUUAAGUGGAGGCCCGCCCGUUUUACCGCCAACCGGGCCGCAUACAUCGCGCGGCCGUAACCCCCUCCGUCGAGAUUUGGUUCACCGAAAGGAUUCGAUUAAAGAAGUGCUUCAGCCUUCGCUUUCUGAUCCUGAGAAUCCACCAAAGUCUGUCGUCUCUUUAUCGAAUAACCUCGUUACAGCCUAUUUGAUUAUAUUGUUUGUUAUCUUAUCCAGAUUGAACAACAUACGCCACAGCCCUUCGGAACCUUCAUUGAAUAUGCGAUCGCAUUCGACAUCACGUUCCAGUUCUUUAACUCGCAAUCGACCAGAUCUGACUGUGCCCACUCCGAAAGCCAGAGUCAAUUCCCUUUAUUCCCCUUUCAUGUCAUCACAACCUCCGAUGAGUACUCAUAAUGUUCACCAGGAUUUCGUCCCAAUUAUGUCUGAUAAACCGUCAGGCCUCGAUCUUGAGGAUUUUAUGCCGCGCAAAUUCAAUUCCGUGUCGAUGGGUGGUGGCAGCCCUUCAGUAUCUGGAAUGUCCAGUCCGUAUGAAGAAUCCAGUUCCCUGGCGUUGGAGCAAACUGAAAUGGAAAUCGUGACCAACAUUGUCCAGGGGCAUCAGCCGAUGAUGACCGUUUUAAGUAGUCGGCAUCGCAAUCUGCAGAUAAUUUAUAAUCUCUGGCAGAACAAGGAUGCCAAGGUGGCUGUGGAGACGGCAGUAACAAUGAACGAUCCGGCCGUUGUAGUAGAUUUGCUCAGUGUAAUCAUUUUCCGACCAUUCUUGUGGAGUUUGGAUUUGUGUGUGUUAUUAUUACCCGCCAUCGCCGACCUCCUUCAGAGUAAAUUUGAAGUAUAUGUCAACACGGCUUGCAAUUCAUUGAGACUGGUAUUGAAAAAUUUUGCUACGGUGAUUAAAAGCAACAUCGAGACUCCGACCCAAUCGGUUGGGGUGGAUAUCUCACGUCAAGAACGGUUCAAUAAGUGCAUGUCGUGUUACAGUCAAUUGGUGCCUAUAAAAGCCUUUGUUCUCAAACGUCAAGCCAUGGCCGGCAAAAUGGGGCAGACGUUUCGGGAGCUUCACAUCCUACUGCAGGUCUUUGAUUGAGAUCCUUUUUAUUCUGGUGUGCACUUCACCUUUCACCUCAGCGUACAGCUCCCACACCGUCAGGAUGAUGAAAUUACAACGAUGCAUACAUCCGUCCAAAAUGAAAAAGUCCCUAUCUCCUGAAAACAAGUUAAGCCGUAAACAAAGAGAUAUUCUCUUUUUUUUUUUGUCCUUAGAUGCCAUAAAUUCAUUCUUUAAUUUAAGAAAUCCAACAUCAAUAAUGUUCGAAAGGUGCGCUCACCGUCUUUUGUGAUAUAACAAAUGUGUUUAGCCUUACAGCGCAUGUUCGCGUAUUCUUUUUUUUUGCCUCCCGCCACCAAUUGUGCGAGUAGUUCUCUUUUUUUGGGUCUUUUGACUUUCCUUUUCGAAUGCUUCAGUAGCCUUUUUCAAAUUACAAAUUAAUUUUUCCCUCUUCCCCAAGAAAAUGGUUGAUAAAAUUAACGUGGAUCUCAACAUAUAUUUUGGGGAAGAUUUGUUUCUCUAUCGUAACAAGCUUUGAAUGAGGGACGCAGUAAAUCUCGCUGUUAUCCUAUACAUUCCUGAAGAUUAACGAGAGAGGUUGUGUCACAUUGUGUCUGCAAAUGGAAUUAGGGCGAUGAUAGCAUGCGUCUUUUCUUUGAAUCGAUAAUUCAUGAUUUCAGAACAAAAUCACCACUGUAAUGCGCAUAUUUGUCAACAAUAAAUCAUACUGUUAUCAACUA